AUGCAAUUAAUGUUUCCGAAACGAUUAGGUCUACGACCAUUUGAUUUUGGUUUCUAUCCUCGUGAUGAUGAUGACCGCAACGAUGCAAGAAGAAGAACAACCAGAUGGACUUUACCAAUUCUCUUAUUAUCCAUCAAUGUUGUUGUUAUUCUUGUAUUUGCAUUCUAUUGGCAAUUCCGUUUUUCAUUGCUUCAUCAUCCUAAUAGUAUAAUACGAAAGGAAAGUUCGAGAAAUUCCAUCGAUGAUGAUACAAAAUUAAAUACAAGUAGUACUAUGAUGAAUCAGCAUGAAUGUGUGACUGAAAACACUUCACAUGAAUGUGUGACUGAAAACACUUCACAUGAAAUACAAUCUCUCACACGUGUACUAAAUGCAUGGAAAUUUCCAAAUGGACCCCUUUAUCGCAACCAACAUGGGACGGAAGAACAAAUCUCUCCAAUCAUGAUGCAACUUUCGAGGAAACAAGAUGUGGAAUCAUUUAAACAACCAUCAUCCACUUCACAUCUCUCGAAUCAAGAUAACUCUGCUCAAAUAUCAUACAAAUAUGAAACAAAUCCACAAAAUGGUCCAUUACCGAUCAACAUGUAUGAAGAAUUUCGCCUUCAAUUAGAACGAAAGAAUGGUUGGAAUAGCAUGACAUCUGGCAGAUGGAAACUGACACCCAAACAAUACGAAGAAAACAAAAAGUGGAGCCCUCGUAUUCGAGAAUUUAUUGCCGAUUACAGAGCUCAUUGGGGUCUCAACACUUUAACUGAAUUCACAGAUCACGUGUAUUAUGAACCAAAUUGGAACAUUGUUGCCAAAUGUCCAAGCAAUAACAAAGACUAUGAAACAUAUUUACCCAAAAAUCCAUUGACUGGAAAACAGAAACAAUUAGGAGUAUAUAUUGUCAUGACAGAUUUUUCAAAAAACAAAGUACAUCGAGAAGGUGAAUUUGACCGUGGUAUUAGAAUUGAUUUAUAUGGAGCCAUCAUUAAUUGGAAAGAAAAUGUUUUCAAACACUUUCCUCAUCCUUUCAUCAUUUUUCAUUAUGGAAAAUUAUUGGAACCAGUGAAACAAUUUGUAGAAAAAGAGUUGACCACAUUGAACAUGCAAGUGACUUUUGUUGAAAUUUCCACACAUACAUUUUUGAAAAGAAAAGCAGAUGGGAAACAAUGGAAAAAUUCAGAUGUUAAUUACCGUCACUUUUGGGGAAUGAACAAAUUCUAUAUUCAUGAUCUUUUUGCUCAUCCAUCGCUGAAAGAUUUUGAAUAUUAUAUGAGGUUUGAUGAUGAUUUUCGAUUGAUGGAACCUCUCAAAUAUGACAUUUUCAAAUUCAUGGAAGAAAAUAAUUUACAAGUGGGUUACUCAUGUUUGGGAAUGCCAGAUCAUGCAAGUGGUUUUUGGUCCGGUCAUUUACAUGAAAGAAUUUGGUCCUAUUUUUUACGACAGGGAAUUCUACCAUUAGAGGAAAUGAGAACUGCCGGCAAGUGGGGCCAAGCAGACACAAUACAUGCAGGACCUUUUGAAGUGGCAAGAAUAUCUGUCUAUGAUAAUCCAAAUUAUUAUCAUUUCAUUGAGAGUGUGGAUAUUUGGGAAGGUACAGGAGUUUAUCGAUGGAGUGAACAAAAUUUUAAAUCGCAAUGGAUCAAAAUGUAUGUUCCAAGAUUGGCCACGCAUUGGUUCUGUGACCUUAGUACUUAUCAUAAGGUUUUUUUUGUUCCACGGUGUAAUUUGACAUGCAUUUAG